AUGGAUUUUGUUUCGAGUUUGCUGUUGACACCAUCUUGGAAGGAUUCAGUUUGGGUGAUAGUGGAACGGUUUACGAAGCGUGCGCAUUUUUUGCCUAUGCAUACGACCUUCAAUUUGCAACAGUUGGCUGAGCUUUACAUCAGGGAGAUUGUUAGAUUACAUGGAGUUCUAGUUUCUAUCAUAUCAGAUCGAGAUCCAUGGUUUACUUCGAGAUUCUGGAAGACAUUGCAUGAGGCUUUGGGUUCGAAGCUUCACUUCAGUACAACUAGCAAUUGGGAUCGUCAUUUGCCAUUGGCUGAGUUCACAUACAACAACAGUUAUCAAAAGAGUAUUCAGCUGGAUCCGUUUGAGGCACUUUAUGGUAGGAAAUGUAGGACUCUACUAUGUUGGUGUCACAUGUAUGAGAAGUGGAAUUUGGGUCCGGAUUUGGUUCGUGAAAUCGAGGACAAGGUGAAACUUAUUUGUGAACGGUUGAAGACUGCUUCAGAUAGGCAGAAAUCUUUUGCUGAUUUGAGACGUCGAGAUGUCAAACAUCAGGUUUUGAGGUUUGGGUGGAUUGGACCGAUUGCUUAUUGUCUUCUAUUCCCACCUGAGUUUAAGCGUAUGCACGAUGUCUUUCAUGUUUCCAUGCUACGAAAGUAUAGAUCGGGUCCUUCCCAUGUUUUUCCUAUUGAGGAGAUUGAGGUUCGAUUUGACCUUUUGUAUGAGGAGGAACCGGUUGCAAUCCUAGGCCGUAAGGUCAAGGUGUUAUGCAAUAAGAUGGUUCCAUUGGUGAAAGUUUUGUGGCGCAACCACAAGACUGAGUAA